GGAGAUAAUUUAAGGAUCAUGAACGAUCGUUUGUGUUUGAUUGAAAAAGACAGGAAACAGAUUAAAGAACGUGUGACAAAACUAGAGAAACUACAAAGAGUUACUUCAUAUGAAACUCCAAACAAUGAGACUGACACAACUCCAUUUCAUGAGACGGCUUCCAGACAAGGUGAAGCCAAUGCAGAUCAAGCAGAUGAACAACUUAACAAUGAGGCAAGUAUAAUUUUGAAAACUGUUGGUAUUUAUAAAAUUAUGAAUUUGGUUGUACUUAAAUUAAUUUUUGGAAGUUCUUGUACGAGUUCAUAAUCCCAUUCCUGACUUCAGGAUACACGAGAGCCUAUGAAUGAGAUCACGAAAGAGACACCUGGUUCUCCAAUAGCUCAACAGAAUAUUGAGACUCCAGUCCUUACUCCAAUUCAGACGCAGCAGGAGACUCACGAGCUUAUGAAUGAGAUCAUUUCACCAAACAUUUCCGACACACAGCCAAAUACCCGAGCUCGCAGAAAUCUUUUAACAGAGCAAAAUAAGGAUGUAGAAAGCAGAGUUCAAAAUCCCUUUGAGAUCGGAGCAAAUGUGGAGAUUUCAUCACAAGAUGACAAUACUUGUCAUAAAUGGUAUCCAGGAAAUGUGUUGGCAACAUAUUUGGUUGAUGGGGUUGAGAUGGUGAAAGUUGAGUACUCCGUCCCGUCUCUGGACGAAAAGAAGAGGAAAAGGAGUGUUGAGACACGUGUAUCAAUUGACAGAAUACGUCCUCAACCACCACCUGAGAGAUCUGGAGCGAAGAAAAGUUAUGAGCUAAUGCAGGACGUGGAGGCGUUCGACAAUGGUGCCUGGUGCGCUGGAAAAGUUAAAGUCAUUUUGUUUGAUGGCUCGUGUUUUGUCUCUUUGAACAAUUCUAAAGAACAAAUUUACUUCCACCAUUCUGAGAUGCGAAAACCAAGAAAAUGGGUAGAUGGUGUUUGGGAGAUGACAAAAAAGAUGGAAGAAGAGCAGACGCAGAGUGUGAAUCCAAGUGAAGGAGAUGGUGAUAAAAAGGGGAAGGCGAAGGCUGUCGCUUGUAAGAAAAAUGAAGCAGCUGGUCCAUCAGAAGAUGGUGUUGGGAAAAUGGCAAAAGAGAUGGAAGUAAAGCAGGGUAAGAGUGUGAAACCAAGUCAAGACGAUCAUGCAAAAAAGGGGAAGCCUGAUGUUGGUAAGAAGAAGAAAGCAAAUGCUCAGCCAGUAGAUUUGCUUCCUUUUCUACAGCGAGAAGAGAAGAGGCCAAUACGACCUAGAAACCCUCCUAUACCUGUAACACCUGAGGUAAUCCUUCCAAUUGAUCCAUUUGUGACACCUGAAUUUCCUCGGUUUUCAAGGCUUGCACACUGGAUGGAUCUACGGGGCAUAUAUCGUGUACCGUUUUAUAUCAAUGGAAAAGAAAUUGAAAAAGAGUUCUUUCAAAAAAUGGACGAUGCAGAAAACAAUCUCAACAAAGAGCACAUAAAUGUUGCAUUUGAAAUGCUAAAUUGUAAGAGGGUUGAGCAAGGUGCUUGGUUCCGCAACAACAAUCUUCCAGCAGCAUGCUUUGUACCAGUCAAAUUCUUAGAAGUGGUUGGGUACGCUUAUGAAUCUGUCAGGAAGCCACAUAAGAAAAAACAAACGUUAUUGGAGGGCUGUGUAGGCGAACUUGUGAAAGGUUUAAUACAUCCAAAGAAGGUAUGGCUGGAAGAUGUUGAUGUUAUAUAUGGUGUCAUUGAAGAUAAGUUGAGCUAUCACUAUAUUGGGGUGGAGAUACAAUUGAUGGACAACACAAUCACACUCUUCCAUUGUGGUCUUCCAAAAGCAAAUAUCAAACGUGCUCUUAAUCAAAUCCAAGAACUGGCAGUGUUGAUUAGUGCCAUAAAGAUGGAACUUCUUGGUGAAGAGGUUAAUUUCGAAGAUAUCAGUCCAUUUGAAGUUAAGUUUGCAGAAGGGCUUCCAAAGACAAAAUUUCCAUACAACUGUAGUAUUUUUGUUGUGAAGAUGCUGGAAUGCAGGUCACUGGGAUUGAAGAGCAUGGCUAAUAUAAAUGAUGAAACUGCGAUGGACUUACGAAGCAAGCUAUGUUGUGAGAUCUUCGACCAGUUUAUGGAUAAAGAUUUCCAGGAAGGUCAAAGGAAGUGAAAAUGUCAUAUUUGUUCUACUCUGUUUUCUACUCUGUUUUCUACUCUGUUUUUCUACUUUGAUAUUAAUUAUCCCUAACGUUUAAGUUUAAGUUUGUAAUGAAUUAUCCCUAACGUUUUUUUCAUUUAGAUUGUUAUUGAAAAAUUUUUAGGAUGUAUUGAUGAAUUGUCAAAUGCUUAUGGUACUUUUAGGAUGGGUUUCCAGAAAAAGAGUGAGAAAGCAAAAUGCACCAAAGCCUAGCAAAUUCCUUUAAAGUUUACAAAAAAAAAUGAAAAAGAAUGUGAUCCGAUGUUGAUUGAACUCGUGAACUCUCGAAAGAUGAAUCAAAGUGUGCAGCCGCUGUGCCAAGGGUGUUAUACUUGCCAAAAGCUAUAAUAAAACGAAAAUAACUUUUGAAUAUUUAAUUAAAAACAGAAAAAAGUGUAAGUAUACACAAACGGGGAUCGAACACGGCUUAUUGUGUGAUAAGGGUACACUAAGAGUAGAAGGGCUUGCCACUAGGCUACGGUGGAUAUUCGAUAACAGAGUAAAUGUGAACUUAUUUAUUCACAGACGAUAGAUUUAUAUAAUCUGGAUAUCAUUUUAGGUAUUCAGGAUAGCUUUCCAAAAACAAAUUCCUUUAAAGUUUACAAAAAAAAAAUGAAAAAGAAUGUGAUCUGAUGUUGAUUGAACUCGUGAACUCUCGAAAGAUGAAUCAAAGUGUGCAGCCGUUGUACCAAGGGUGUUAUAGUUGCCAAAAGCUAUAAUAAAACGAAAAUAACUUUUGAAUAUUUAAUUAAAAACAGAAAAAAAUGUGAGUAUACACAACGGGAAUCGAACACGGCUUAUUGUGUGAUAAGGGUACACUAAGAGUAGAAGGGCUUGCCACUAGGCUACGGUGGAUAUUCGAUAACAGAGUAAAUGUGAACUUAUUUAUUCACAGACGAUAGAUUUAUAUAAUUUGGAUAUCAUUUUAUGUAUUCAGGAUGGCUUUCCAAAAACAAAUAAGCAAAUCAGAUAACCAAGUUACAAGAACACUAGGCCAAACCAUUACAAAAUAGUGAAAAACAUUGAACAAGUUUUUUAUUUAGGUUGUUAAU